AUGGAACGAAAACGUUUACAAUAUCAACGUCUCAAACAACAACAACAACAACGUUUUUGCGUUAGUCAACAAGAUUUAACUGAAGCUAUAGCUCGUAUGAAACCAACAGUAAAUCAUUUUCAAGAGCAACGACAUGCAACACAUGAAAAUUUAACAAAUUUUUCAUUGUCACCUACUAUUGAAGCAUUAAAUAAUCGAUCAGUUUCACAAUUAAUUAAAGCAUUUGAAGCACAUACAAAUAUAACACCUUCUGCAAGUGCUCAAAAUUUGUCAUCGAUUAAUAAUGAUGUUAUUUCUAAUGGAGCAGAAUUUAAUCGUAGCCACAUGUUCAAACGAACAAUGAAAAGCAAGGCCAAUUGCAAUGACAACGACAUUAUCAAUAAUAACGUCUGUUCGUCAAUUUCUCCUUCGAUCAAUAGUGACAAUCAAACGAUUGCAGUGGAAAUACAUUCACAGCAACUCACCGAAGAUAAAGAACAAGAAAAAAACGACGAACAAAUCUAUGAAACAUUGGAUAUAGAUCAUUAUAAACAAGAUUUACCACCAUCAUCAUUCAACAUUACUGUGAACAACAAUAAUCAUCAACCUAUACAAAUGUUAACACGAUGUACUAAUAUUGAUGAAGCUGCAUUAAUUUUAGGAAAACGACAUGAAGUUCGUUUUAAUGAAUUACUUGCUAAAGAAGCACAACUUAAUCACGCGCUUGCUGAUUUACUAUCGAUAUCAAAUGAUGCUGAUAAGUCUGUUUCAAUAAAUUCGUCACCAAGAUCUUUAACUAAUAAUCAAGAAAUUCGACGAGUAUCAAGUACCAAAAAUAAUAAUAAUAAUCUAUCUGCUAGUAUUGAUUUAUUAAAUAAUUUACUUGAAAAAAUUGAUUUGGACAAUGAAGGUUCUGAUAAGAAAAAACAAAAGAAUAAUAAUACAGGUCAACCUAAUCAAAAAAAUGAUAAUAAUCAUGUUAAACCGAUCAAUAUGUUUUGUCUCAUGUUGUCAGAUAACGUAUGUGCCAAUUGUCAUCAAUCAUUCGCUACCAAUGAACAAAUUGUCAACGCUGCUGGUCAUAUUUGGCACACACAUUGUUUCGUUUGUACACAAUGUUUUCAACCAUUUGAAAAUGGUAUAUAUUUUGAACAUGAAGAUCGAAAAUAUUGUGAACGAGAUUUUCAAAUGUUAUUUGCACCAUGUUGUGCCGAAUGCAAACAAGCUAUUGUUGGUCGAGUUAUUCGAGCACUUCAGAAAUGUUUUCAUCCCGAUUGUUUUCGUUGUCAAUUAUGUCAAGUACCAUUAAUUGAGAUGGGUUUUUCAAAAUAUAAUGGAAGGGCCCUUUGUCGAGAAUGUCAUGUAAAAGAAAAAGCAAACGAUUUAAAAUUAUCACACCAAAUUUGUUCAACAUGCCAUCAAAUUAUUGAUCAAAAAUAUUUGAAAUAUAAAGGCGAAUUUCAUCAUUCAUAUCAUUUUCAAUGUAAAUCAUGCGGAGUUGAAUUAGAUGAGAAUUGUCGAGAAGUACGAGGUUCAUUAUAUUGUCUUCCAUGUCAUAAUAAACUUGAUAUACCUGUAUGUGCAGCAUGCCGACGUUUAAUUGAUGAUCGAGUUAUUAGUGCUCUUGGAAAACAAUGGCAUGUUGAGCAUUUUUGUUGUGCUCGUUGUGCUCAACCAUUUUAUGGUAGCAAACAUUUUGAAAAUAAAGGUUUAGCUUAUUGUGAAUUGGAUUAUCAUUUUCUUUAUGGUUCAACAUGUUUUAUAUGCAAUUGUAUUAUUACUGAAGGCGCUUAUACAGCAUGUAAUAAAAAAUAUUGUGCCGAACAUUUUGCUUGUUCAAUAUGUGAGAAAAAAAUGGAUGAAAAAAGUAAAUUUUUUGAUGUUGAUGCGGCACCUGUUUGUAAACAAUGUUAUGGCAAAUUACCAUCCAAUAUACGAAAAUCACUUCAACAACAACCAAAAAAGAAACAAUUAACAUCAAUAUUAAAACAAACUAGUCUUUAA